GAGGGGACGUCGCGUCGCCGGGUCUCCAGCAGCUGCCGCGGAGCCGCCGGACGGACCGCAGGACCUGCCCGCCCGCCAUGGCCGAGAGCGACUGGGACACGGUGACGGUGCUGCGCAAGAAGGGCCCCACGGCCGCCCAGGCCAAGUCCAAGCAGGCCAUCUUGGCGGCUCAGAGACGAGGGGAGGAUGUGGAGACGUCCAAGAAAUGGGCCGCCGGCCAGAACAGACAGCACUCGAUCACCAAGAACACGGCCAAGCUCGACCGGGAGACCGAGGAGCUGCACCACGACCGCGUGACCCUGGAGGUGGGCAAGGUGAUCCAGCAGGGCCGGCAGAGCAAGGGGCUGACGCAGAAGGACCUGGCGACGAAAAUCAACGAAAAGCCGCAGGUCAUCGCAGACUACGAGAGUGGACGGGCCAUUCCUAAUAACCAGGUUCUGGGCAAAAUUGAGAGAGCUAUCGGCCUCAAGCUCCGGGGGAAGGACAUCGGGAAGCCGAUUGAGAAGGGGCCAAGGGCGAAAUGAACGCAAAGCCUCGAAAUCAGUGCGUUCCGGCUGGUCUCGUCCGGCCGGUUCCCCUGACCACCCGCGCCAGCGCGGGUCUCUUCACGCGGCCGAGCGGGACGCGGGGCAUCGGCCCUGCCCAGGAACUCCCUCUCUCCAUACCUGCUGUCAAACAAAACCUUGCAAAGUAUUGCUUCUCCUGAUCUUUUUUCCUUCUCAUCCCCAGUGUCUGCCCGGUCUUGGGGUGACUCCCCGGGGGGCUCUGAGUGGGACCACCUCACGCUGGCGGGGGCUGUGGGGUGGGGCGGCCCGGUGGGAAGAGCAGAUGCUGUCUCCGCUCCGGCCUUCAGGGAAGCCAAUAAACGAUUGUUGCGCGUC